UCACCAAAAGCAUUUCCACACCUCGUUCCACCGUUCAACAAAUAAGGCAUCAAAUGUAGAGGCACUUAGAAUACAGAUAUAUCGACGAUUUCAUUAAAACACUUAAUACGAAUGAACUGAGGACGGUGUAUAAACACCGUCGCCAAUCAGUAAAGAAGUUGAGAAAACAUCUUACAUUGUGUUUUACAAAUUGAUAGUAGAGUUCACUGCCUAAAAUUAAUAAUAAUUUGUAGAGAGAAAAGUAAAUUUAUACUAUUUAGAAAAUAUAUUUUAGGUAUUCAACUGAGUGCGAAAUUUGCUAGAACCUAUGCCAUUACAAUUUAUCUUGUAAUCUUCGCGUUUUGUCAUUGUUGAUGAAACUAAGUAUGAAAUGAGGAAAUGAUUAUAUAAAUGCAAAGACGGUAGACUUAAGACUUAACAGUGCAGAAUGGUUGACAUAGGUGCAGUACAAUACGGAGACAAUACGAAAAGAUUUACUGUCAGUCAUCUUCUAGAUUUACCUAGGAAUGGCUGUUGCUACAUGCAAGGAGAACCACCGACUAUACCACAAGCAGUGGACCUGGAAGACGGUGAUAAAACUGAAGAUGAAACAGGAGAAGGCGAAAAUCACAGAAAGAAGUCAAGAAGAAAUCGCACUACUUUCACAACUCAUCAGUUGAAUGCUUUAGAAAAGAUAUUUGAAAGAACUCAUUACCCCGAUGCUUUUGUGCGAGAAGAAUUAGCAAGAAAAGUCAAUUUAAGUGAAGCGAGAGUUCAAGUGUGGUUCCAAAAUCGACGUGCAAAGUUUCGCCGCAAUGAAAGAACAAUACUAGCUCAGAGAAAUCAGCUCCGUACAGCCCUGCCGAAUGUCGAGCAGCCGAUCGUUCCCCGCCCGACUCCAGUCCUGCCUUGGAAGCCUCCACAGACCUACUGCAGCGGUCCGUCCUCAGCGGGACCUUUGCAUUAUUCCUUGCCGAACUUUCCUCUUCGACAUCCCGAUUGCGGGCCACACCACCAUCCCGCACCGCUAUGAUUUUUGAGACAUUCGGUGCAUUUAUUAGUAUAAUAGUGAUAUGUUGAUAGUUAUGAAAAGAAAACUUUUGAAAUUAUCCAUAACCUUAAGAUUCUCGUUCAUCAAAAAGUUCAGCUUUAUAUAUUAUUACAGAUAUACUUACUUUAAAUAUUCUUCUCCAAUCCUAAUUCCACUUUGGGUUUCCUACUUAUGCAUAAAAUUUCUCAUUUUCUAUGCAAAAGGAAAAAUAAAACGAAGAACAUGAAAGGAAUUUACUUAAUUUAGCAUGUCAAUUAUUUAAACUUUGUCUAAAAAUUCUUUAUUCUGAAUAAAUCUUAUUCAUUUCUUCAGUUAAAUUUUACUAACUGAUUGGUUAUUCUUACUUGUAUGACUUCAGAAUUUUCAAUAAAUUAUUUGAUAAUAAAUCGUGUCUCUAAAUGUUGAAGAAAAUUCUUACCUGUAUGAUUUCAGAAUUUUGAAUAAAUUAUUUGAUAAUAAA